CGAGAGUCUAUCUUCAAAGAAGAAUUUUGUUUCAAGUGUUUAUAGAAAGUUCUCUCCUUUCAAAAUCUCAUUGCUAAAGGAGGACUAUAAAUAACAUCUUUACACAAUCGGAGAAAGCUAAGCCAGAAUUUCUACCGAUAACUCAAGGUUAAUAAUGAAGAAGGAACAUGCUCCAUAUCCGGGUGCAGUGCGUCCAAGAUUUAAACCCAGUUCAAACAACAAAAUUGAUAAGCUUGAGGGGCCUAUACACCGCCGUCAACUUUGGAGAAACAUCAAGGCCCGGUUCAAGAAUAAUUUGGAUAUUUUCGACUGGAUUCAAAGCAAAGUAAAAAAAUACAAAAAUGGAAGAAAGUCUAUCACGGAACUAAGUUCAGAUGUUGCUGUACUUAUGCGGGGCCAUCCAGAUCUUAUUAACGAGUUUAACAAAUGGAUUCCCAGGACUCCUCAAGAUUCAUGUACAUUAACAACAUAUUUGGAAAACCGUGAUUUGCAGGAUAAGGACUCUGAUGAAAUAUCUUGGGAUAUAUUUAAAGAUAUAGAUACUGAUUCUGAUGCCGAGGACAAUGAUUGGAUCUCGGAAGUGACAAGCUCGACUAAGCUUCGUGGAUGUGGAUGUACAGACCCCCAUAGCAUUUGGAAAAAGAUCAAGGAUCGGUUUAAGUACAAUAUGGAGAUUUGCGAUUCACUUCAAAAUAAAGUGGAUAAGUACGUUGAUGGAAGAAAGUCUAUCAGCCAAUUAAGUUUAGAUGUUGCUGCACUUUUGCGGGGCCAUCCGGAUCUUAUUAAUGAAUUUCGCAAAUGGAUUCCCAUUAUUUCCGAUAAUAAUUUGCAGGAUAAGAGUCCCGGAGAUGUAUCCGAGACGACCAGUAUUAGUUCUACUGACUUUGACUCUGAUUCUGACUCUGAUUCUGACUUUGGCACUUAUAGUGAUAUGUCAGAUGCGAUGGAUUAAUAUAUCAGAUGCUC